AUGUCUACUACGGUACCAACCAGUUCAGCUUUGAGGGCUUUGGCCUUAGAAUACAAGAGCCUACAAGAAGAGCCUGUCGAAGGAUUUCGAGUGAAGUUAUCGGGUGAGGACAAUUUGUUUGAAUGGGAGGUUGCAAUAUUUGGACCUCCAGACACGCUUUACCAAGGCGGAUACUUCAAGGCACAUAUGAAAUUCCCUCCAGACUACCCAUACUCACCACCCUCUAUUAGGUUUUUAACUAAAGUAUGGCAUCCAAAUGUGUAUGAGAAUGGUGAUCUGUGUAUAUCCAUUCUACAUCCACCUGUGGACGAUCCUCAAUCAGGUGAACUGCCCUGCGAGCGCUGGAACCCAACGCAAUCAGUUCGUACAGUGUUACUAUCCGUCAUCUCUCUUCUCAACGAGCCUAACACAUUUAGUCCAGCCAACGUAGACGCGAGCGUCAUGUACCGCCGCUGGCGUGACUCCAAGGGCAAGGAUAAAGAAUAUGAAAACAUUAUAAGAAAACAAGCCCAAGUAGCACGCAUGGAAGCAGAAAAGGAAGGAAUAGUAGUACCCCUCACAUUAGAAGAUUAUUGCAUUAAAACACAAGUUAAGUCUACGACACAAGAACCACAGCUGGAUAUGACAGAUUUCUAUGACGACGACUAUGACGAUCUCGACACUGACUCCGAGGGGGAGUUGGAAGGUGGGGAGGACGGGGACGAUAGCGGUAAUGGCGAGUCG